UCACUUUACUUUACUUGAAUUCCUCCACGGGUCCACAGAACAGAACGCGUCUGACUUGCAAGAAAGGACUUCAGGUUGCUUUUUACAACACUCGGAAGGGCGUUUACGAAGUGCUGCGGUCAGCUUUCACUGUGCAACCAUGUGCGACUUUAUUUGGACAUUUUUGACAAUUUCGGGGUUAUUUCCUAUUGCUAAAAUGCUAACAACUGCCGGGGCAGACCAAGGCACAAAUGACAUGUUUGUGGGGUGUCCACCAAAUCACGUGCAGUGCAUUGGAACACAAAGGUGCCUGCAUUAUAGUAAGCUCUGCAAUGGAGUAAAGGACUGCACAGACGGAUAUGAUGAAGGAGUGCACUGUCGAGAACUCCUGCCAAAAUGCCAUGAGAUGAUGUGUCACUAUAGCUGCGCCAUGACUUCCAAUGGGACGUUUUGUUACUGUGCGGAUGGGUUUGAGGUGGGGGACAACCAGCGAUCCUGCCAAGAUCGUGAUGAAUGUGCAGAGUAUGGGAUGUGCAGUCAAACCUGCAUGAACACUUAUGGUUCAUACAGAUGCAGCUGCACAGAUGGCUACGCCUUACAGUCCAACAGAAGGUCCUGCAAAGCCAAGGACGACCCUGGGGACAGACCACCUCUCCUGCUCAUAAGCAGCACAGAGUACAUCACUGGAACACACCUUAAUGGGUCUUCUGUCUCAAGCCUGAAGCCACUAAAGACAAAUGGAACUCGGACACUGGAUUUCGUUUACAAGGAAGAUUCGCUCUGUUGGCUUUCCUCCACAAACUCCACCAGACAGCUCUGGUGUGCCACUAUGACCAAAUUAAAAGGAUUUUCACAACCACAUCAACUACUGAGGGAAAAGUAUCUUUCAAGUGUGUGUCAGAUUUUUCAUUCUGUGUUCUUGAUGUAUGUGGAACAUUUCGCAAUAGACUGGCUUACAGGAAAUAUAUACUUUGUGGAUGGAGUCAGUGAUGAAAUAUUAGUCUGCCAGGUAUCAGAGGAAAAAUGUGUCAUAAUUGUCGAUCAAGAUCUUCAAAAUCCAAGUGGAAUUGCUCUGGACCCAUUUAUGGGGAAACUUUUCCUCACAGACUUUGGGGCCCCAGCUAAGGUGGAGCAGUGUAACAUGGACGGCAGCAACAGAAGCAGGAUAGUGGAAAACCAUACGGAUCGACCCACAGCCCUGACUCUUGACCUGGUCAGGAAGCUGGUCUAUUGGGCCGACGUCCAUCUGGAAUACAUUGCAGUUGUGGACUACAAUGGGAGAAACAGACGCACUGUUAUACAGGGGAGCUUUGUGUCCUACCUUACUGGAUUAUCACUCUUUGAAGAUUAUUUGUUUGCAGCCUUCUCAGAGACUUCCAAAGCCAAAGUAGACAUUUUGCAGAUAAACAGGUUUAAUUUCACAGACUUUCAAACUGUUGCAACCAUCGAGAAUGUAACGGGAAUACGAGUGCAUCAUAAACUCAUUCAAACAACAGUGAGGAGCCAUGCGUGUGAGCCAGAUCAGUCUGGGAGGAAAGGAGGCUGCUCACACAUGUGCUUGCUCAGCGGAACGUACAAAUCUGGAUCAUGCCUUUGCCCUGCAGGCUUGGUCCUGUCCAGCGAUUGCAAAUCCUGUAAAAAGCCCAUCAAUGAGGUUUUUCUCUUCUAUGGGAAAGGGAGACCUGGGGUCAUACGAGGACUGGACCUGAAUAAUAAGUCAAGGGUUCAGCCCAUGCCACCAAUCGAGGGUCUGGUGAACCCACGGGCCAUCGACUUCCAUGCCGAGACCAGGCAGAUUUACUUUGCCGACACCACCAGCUUCCUGAUUGGCCGGCAGAGACUUGACGGUUCACGUCGAGAGACGAUCCUAAAGGAUGACCUGGAUAAUGUAGAAGGAAUUUCAGUGGAUUGGAUAGGGAACAACAUCUUCUGGACCAAUGACGGCUAUAGGAAAACACUCAGUGUUGCCAGACUGGAAAAAGCUGCACAGACCAGAAGAACUCUCCUGGAGGCAGAUCUGUCUCACCCUAGAGCCAUCGUGGUUGAUCCACUUCACAGUUGGAUCUACUGGACAGACUGGGAGGAGGAUGAGGUGAACGACAGCGUCGGCAAGAUAGAGAGAGCCUGGAUGGACGGCACACACCGCCAGGUCUUUGUCUCCACAGACAUGCUGUGGCCCAACGGACUCACCUUGGACCACGACUCCAGCACCAUGUUCUGGUGUGACGCCUACUAUGACCACAUUGAGAGAAUCUUUCUCAACGGAAGCCACAGAAUGGUGGUGUACAAGGGCAAAGAACUGAGCCACCCCUUUGGAAUCUCUCAGCACCAAAACCAUGUAUUCUGGAAUGAUUACACAAGUGGGUCCAUUUUCCAGCUGGAUUUGCUGUCAAAGCAAGUUGCUUUAUUGAAAAGCGAGAGGCCUCCUCUGUUUGGGCUUUGUGUUUAUGACACACAACAACAGCAGGGUGAAAAUGCAUGCCGGAUAAACAAUGGAGGCUGUGGUAGUUUGUGUCUGGCCAUACCAGGUGACCGAGUUUGUGCAUGUGCUGACAACCAGCACUUGGACACAAAUAAUAGGACAUGUUCAUCCGCGCAGACGGCCUCAGAGUUUCAAGCAUGUGGUAGUGAUGAAUUUCAGUGUAAAAAUCACCGCUGCAUCCAGGCUUCUUGGAAGUGUGACGGCGAAGACGACUGCAUGGAUGCUAGUGACGAAGAAGCAAACAUCUGCUAUAACCGUAGUUGCCCUUCAGAUCACUUCAAGUGUCUUACUAACCGCUGCAUCCCUAAGAAGUGGCUCUGUGAUGGAACGGACGAUUGCGGGAGUAAUGAGGAUGAAUCUAACGUUACCUGCUCAGCUCAGUCAUGCCAGGACCAUCACUUCUCCUGUUCCAACGGGCGAUGUAUUCCAGAGUCAUGGCACUGCGACAGGGAGGACGACUGUGGGGACCACUCAGAUGAGACGUCAGUUUGUGAUUUCCCGUCUUGUGAUCCAUUAUCUCAAUUCAGCUGUUCCAGCGGGAAGUGCAUUAGUAUGAAGUGGCACUGCGAUUCAGACGAUGACUGUGGGGAUGGGAGUGACGAGGUGGGCUGUGCCCAUGCAUGCUCCAGUGCCCAGUUCCAGUGUGCCAGCGGGAAAUGUAUAGCUGCCCACUGGGUCUGCGAUGGAGAUGAUGACUGUGGAGACCACAGCGAUGAGAAUGUCACAUGUCAUGAGACAACAGAACAGUCAUCCGAAGACUGUCACAGGGAUGAGUUUCACUGCCGUGAGGACGGGACAUGUCUCCCUGAUCGCUGGCUGUGUGACGGGGACAAGGACUGCCAAGACGGAAGUGACGAGACAAACUGCGAAGGCUCCGGCAGACUAUGUGACCCCCAGACCAAGUUUCCUUGCAAGACAUCAGGCAAGUGCAUUAGUAAGAACUGGGUGUGUGAUGGUGACUAUGACUGUGAGGACCAGUCUGACGAAGAGGAUUGUGAAGUUUACGUCUGUAAGGCCCCCAAAUACCCCUGCGCCAACGAUACCUCUACCUGCCUGAAGCCCGAGAGCAUAUGCAAUGGCCAACUAGACUGUGCUGACCACUCCGACGAGGGGCAUUCAUGUGAAGACUGUGUCCUGAGGAACGGCGGCUGUAGCCACCAGUGUGCUGUGGCCCCGGGAAAGGGGGUGGUGUGCGCCUGUCCUCUGGGCCUCCGUCUCAGCCCAGACAACAGGACGUGUGAGGCGGUAGACUACUGCUCCCAGCACCUCAGGUGCAGUCAAGCGUGCGAGCAGUACAAAACCACUGUCAAGUGCUCCUGUUACAAGGGCUGGAGGCUGGGUCUGGAUGGGGAGACCUGCCACAGCACAGAUUCCUUUGAGGCUUUCAUCAUCUUCUCUAUCCGCCAUGAGAUCAGGCGCAUAGAUCUUCACAGAAGAGAUUACAGUCUCCUAGUGCCUGGUUUGAGAAACACCAUUGCCUUAGACUUUCACUUCAACCAUAGUCUCCUUUACUGGACUGAUGUGGUUGAGGACAAAAUCUACAGAGGGAAGCUUGUCAAGUCCGGAGGUGUUUCAGGGAUAGAGGUAGUGGUUCAACAUGGAUUGGCUACGCCGGAGGGUCUUGCGGUUGAUUGGAUAGCAGGGAACCUAUACUGGAUUGACAGCAACCUAGACCAAAUAGAGGUGGCCAAGCUGAACGGCGAGUUCCGCAGCACGCUGAUCGCCGGGGGGAUGGAGCAUCCUCGAGCCGUCGCUCUGGAUCCUGACCAUGGAAUAAUGUUCUGGACAGACUGGGGUGCCACCUUCCCCAGGAUUGAGGCCGCAUCAAUGAGUGGGCAAGGACGCCACAUAGUCUACAAAGACAUGGAGACAGGAGCCUGGCCCAAUGGCCUCACCCUGGACCACUUGGAAAAGAGGAUUCUUUGGACUGAUGCCAGGUCCGACGCUAUAUACUCAGCACUGUAUGAUGGGACCGACGUCAUUGUGGUUCUCCGGGGCCACGAGUACCUCUCACACCCCUUCGCUGUGUGUGUAUACGGGGGCAGUGUGUUCUGGACAGACUGGAGGACAAACACUCUGUCCAGGGCUAAUAAAUGGACUGGCUCCAAUGUGACAGUGGUGCAGAAGACCAGUGCUCAGCCUUUUGAUCUGCGGAUCUACCAUCCCAGCAGGCAGCCUCAUGCCCCCAACCCCUGUGAGAGGAACCAAGGUCGAGGACCCUGUUCUCACCUGUGCCUUAUCAGUUACAACCACACGGCGUCCUGCACCUGCCCACACCUCACUCGACUCUCUGCCGACAACAGGACGUGCCUCACAGUGAGAAGGUUCCUUCUGUAUGCCACACGCAGUGAGAUCCGUGGGGUGGACACCGGCAAUCCCUACCUGAACAUCAUCACGGCCCUGACUGUCCCUGACAUCGAUGAGGUCACAGCCGUGGACUACGACGCAGCGGCUUCCGAGGAGAGGAUCUACUGGGCCGAUGUCAAAGCGCAGGCCAUCAGACGAGCUUUUAUCAAUGGGACUGCCUUAGAAACGGUUGUGUCCGGAGGUCUUAGGAACGUGAGAGGGCUUGCAGUUGACUGGCUUUCGAGGAACAUGUACUGGAUAAGCUCGGAGAAUCAUGAAACACAAAUCAACGUGGCUCAUCUAGAUGGAUCUUUCAGAACUUCUGUUGUUCACGGAAUCGAUAAACCAAAGUGCCUCGUUCUGCACCCAUCUAAAGGGAAAAUGUAUUGGACAGAUGGCAAUACAGUAAAUGUGGCAAACAUGGAUGGAAGCAAUAGCAAGAUUAUUCACCAAAACCAGAGAGAACCAGUUGGCCUUUCAAUAGACUACACAUCUGGAAAGCUGUACUGGAUCAGCACAGGCAACGGCACAGUCAACAGGUGUAACCUGGAUGGCAGCGGUCUGGAGGUGUUGGAGUCCAUGAGGAAACAGCUGGUUAUGGGCACUGCCCUGGCCAUUAUGGGCGACAAGCUGUGGUGGGCUGCAGACAGUUCGGCUCAGUUGGGGACUGUUACUAAGAGAAAUGGCCUAAAUUUGACUGUACUACGAAAUAAAACAACUGGGAUUGUCAACAUGAAGAUGUAUGACAACAACAUCCAACGAGGGAGAAAUCUGUGCCAGGUAAACAACGGUGGGUGUUCUCAGCUGUGCCUGCCCACCUCAGAGAACUCUCGGAGAUGCACCUGCACCCUGGGCUACAAUCUCCGGCGAGACCGGGCUUCAUGCGAAGGCCUCGGGCCGUUCCUGAUGUACUCUGUGCAUGAGAGUAUCAGGGGGAUUUCUCUGGAUCCUGGAGACAAAACGGAGACCCUGAUGCCGGUGACAGGCACACAGUUCACUGUAGGGCUGGACUUCCAUGCUGGGAACGACACUCUGUACUGGACGGACUUGGGCUUAAACAGGAUAUCCCGAGUCAAGAGAGACCAGACCUGGAGAGAGGACAUAGUCACCAGUGGUAUUGGACGGGUGGAAGGGAUUGCAGUAGACUGGAUUGCAGGUAAUAUCUAUUGGACGGACCACGGAUUGAAUCUGAUUGAGGUUGCUCGUCUCAGUGGCUUGUAUCGCUCAGUGGUGAUAGCUGAAGGACUUGACCAGCCCAAAGCCAUUGCUGUGCACCCAGUGAAAGGGUUCAUGUUCUGGACGGAAUGGGGCCAGAGUCCUUGUAUCGGGAGGGCGCGUCUGAAUGGCUCAGACCAGGAAGUGCUGGUGAACUCUGGGAUAGCCUGGCCCAAUGGGAUCUCUGUGGACUACAAGGAAAAUAAAUUAUACUGGUGCGAUGGGCGUACGGGCAAGAUAGAGAGGAUCAACCUUGAGAGCGGCGAGAGCCGAGAGAUUGUACUGUCAGACGGCAGGGCGGAUGUAUUCUCACUGGCAGUCUUUGGAGCUUACAUCUACUGGUCUGACAGGGCCCUCGCCAACGGCUCCAUCCGCCGAUGCGCCAAGAAAAACGCAACGGAAGUGGUGACCCUAAGAAGCGGUCUAGGGGUCAACCUGAAGGAUGUGAAGGUCUUUAAUCGAGACAGGGAGAAAGGAACCAACCCUUGCGGCAGAGACAAUGGCAGGUGCCAGCAGCUGUGUUUCCACCAGGGCAGUGGUAGGAGGACCUGUGCCUGCGCCCAUGGGCACCUGGCUGUGGAUGGCCUCAACUGUCUCAAACACGACGGCUACUUGCUCUACUCCGAAAGAACCGUCCUGAGGAGCGUCCACCUGUCAGACGAGAGCGACCUGAACUCCCCCGUCAGGCCCUAUGAGGACCCGGCUCACUUUAGGAAUAUCAUCGCCCUGGCCUUCCACUUCCGACAGGACUCGACAGGGACUAACCGAAUAUUCUACAGCGACGUCCAUUUUGGGAAUAUACAGGUGGUCAACGACGACUGGUCUGGGCGACAGGUGGUUGUUGAGAAUGUGGGCUCGGUGGAAGGCCUUGCCUACCAUAGAGCCAGGGACUCAAUUUACUGGACAAGCUCCACCAGCUCCACCAUCAGCAGGCACAGCCUAGACCAGAGACAGCCCGGGGCUUUCCUCAGAGAGGCUGUUGUCACCAUGGCAGAGGAGGACCAACCCCAUGCCUUGGUUUUGGAGGAGUGCCAGAAUCUGAUGUUCUGGACUAACUGGAAUGAGCAGCAUCCCAGCGUAAUGAGGGCUACGCUUGUGGGAAACAACAUCCAGAGGAUCGUCAGUACGGACGUUCUCACACCCAACGGCCUCACCGUCGACCACAAGGCGGAGAAACUCUACUUCUCUGACGGAACCCUGGGGAAGAUUGAACGAUGUGAAUAUGACGGCUCUCAAAGACAUAUUAUCCUGGAGUCAGGGCCGGGGACCUUUUUUGGACUGGCAAUUUAUGGGAACUUGAUCUUUUGGUCCGACUGGGUCAGAAGGGCUGUGGUACGUGCAGAUAAAUACACAGGGGGCAACGUCAAAGUUCUGCGAGCUGACAUCCCACACCAGCCAAUGGGGAUCAUUGUGGUCGCCAAGGACACCAACAGUUGUGAGCUGUCUCCUUGUCGAGUACUGAAUGGGGGAUGUCACGACCUCUGCCUUCUCACCCCACAAGGCACAGUGAACUGCAGUUGCAGAGGGCAACGCGUGUUACAGGAGGACAACAGAUGUGCAUCUAAGACCUCAUUGUGCAACAUCCACACUGAGUUUGAAUGUGGAAAUGGCGAGUGCAUUGACUAUCUCUUCACGUGUGAUGGAAUAGCUCACUGCAAAGACAAGUCAGAUGAGAAAAUGCAGUAUUGUGAUAACAGAAAUUGCAGACAAGGCUUCAGGAGUUGCUUUAACAGGCGCUGUGUGGCCAACGCAUUGGUUUGUGAUGGAGUCGACGACUGUGGUGACAACUCAGAUGAGGUGUACUGUAAAAAUGCAACAUGUGGUGCUUCGGAAUGGCAUUGCCAAGACUGGACUUGCAUUCCGGCCUCGUCCAGAUGCAAUCAGGUCAUCGACUGCGCCAACGCCUCGGAUGAAAAGAACUGCAAUAACCUGGACUGUUCAGAUUACUUUCAGCUCGGGGUGAAAGAGGCUGAGUUUAUCAGCUGCAACUCCACAUCGCUCUGCAUCCACCCGUCCUGGAUAUGUGAUGGAGCCAACGAUUGUGGGGAUUAUUCCGAUGAAGCUCUCUGCCGAGCCUCCCUAAGACACGGGUGUCCUGAUGGGUAUUUUGCGUGCCCCAGUGGGAACUGCAUCUCCAGUGUGUGGCUCUGUGAUGGCCAGAGUGACUGUGAAGAUGGAGCAGACGAAUUACAGUGCGACUCUCCGUGUUUAUGGAACCAGUUUGCGUGCGCCGUGAACAAGUGCAUCGACAAACAAUGGCUCUGCGACGGAGAGGACGACUGCGGCGAUGCCUCGGACGAGAGCCAAGAGAUGUGUGGCUCGGUGACCUGUGGGCCGGGCCUGUUCAGUUGCCCCGCCUCCUACGCUUGCGUGCCUCAGAACUGGCUGUGUGACGGGGAGAGGGACUGCCCCGACGGCAGUGACGAACACUCUGCUGCUGGCUGUGCCCUCAACAGUACUUGCAUCAAGGGGAUGUUCAGAUGCCACAAUCAGAGGUGCAUCGGACAGAGAUUUGUUUGUGACCAUGAUGACGACUGUGGCGACAACUCCGAUGAGUCACCCGAGUGUGAGUACCGCUCCUGUGGAUUGGGGGAGUUCCGCUGUGCAGAUGGGCGUUGUUUGCCGAGUGCCCAGUGGGAAUGUGAUGGUUCACCCGACUGUCUGGAUCACUCUGAUGAACUGCCACACAACCCAAAGUGCUCAGCUGCAGAAAGCCUGUGCAAUGGUUCCGUCUUCAUGUGUGCCAACGGCCGCUGUGUCCCCCUGGCCGGCUUGUGUGACCAGAGAGACGACUGUGGGGACGGUUCAGAUGAGCGGAGCUGCCACGUUGACGAAUGUCUCAACCGCCAUGUCAGUGGUUGCUCUCAGGACUGUCAGAACCUGCCUGUUGGCUACAAGUGCAAGUGUUGGCCCGGUUUCCGACUAAAGGAUGACGGAAAAACCUGCGUCGACGUUGACGAGUGUUCGUCCGACUUCCCCUGUAGCCAGCAAUGCAUCAACACCUACGGUUCCUACAAGUGCCUGUGUACAGACGGAUACGAGGCCCCAGCGAAGAAUCACAACAGCUGCAAGUCUCUCUCAGCUGAAGAGCCUUUCCUCGUUCUUGCGGACCACCACGAGAUUCGGAAAAUAAGCACGGACGGCUCCAAUUAUACUCUGUUGAAACAGGGUCUGAGUAACAUCAUAGCGCUAGACUUUGACUACAGAAAGGAGCUGAUCUACUGGAUUGACUCUAGCACACCUAGCCAACGGAGAAUAAACCGAAUGCGCCUGAAUGGGAGUGACCUUAAGAUAGUCCACCGGACAUCCAUCCCCAGUGCGCUGGCAGUGGAUUGGAUUGGGAAGAACCUGUACUGGUGUGACGUGGAGAAGAAGACCUUGGAGGUGUCCAAGGCCAACGGCCUCUAUCCCACCAUCCUGGUCAGCACUGGUCUGACCAGCCCCUCUGACCUGGCCCUGGACCCCAGUUCUGGAUAUGUCUUCUGGAUCGAUAACGGAGAGCAGCCACACAUCGGCAGGAUCGGCAUGGAUGGCACUGACAGGCUGGUGUUCAGCAGCACAGAAAUGUCUAAUCCCACCGCUCUAACUAUCGACUACACUACCAAGCGGAUUUACUGGGCUGACUCCAAUCACCUACUGUUUUCAAAUAUGGAAGCUUCAAAAGCACACAAAGUGCCUGUUAUAGACAUCCGAGGAGUGGUGGGACUAGCUCUCUUUGAAGACUACAUCUAUUGGACUGACGAGAAGUCCAAGUCCCUUAGCCGUGCCCACAAAACCUCCGGGCUUCAGAGGGUGGAGCUCCUCGGCUCCUGGCAUGCCAUCAGGAACAUCAAGGUGUACCAUCCUCUCUGCCAGCCUGACGUGCCCAAGCACCAGUGUCAGGUGACCAAUGGGGGAUGCAGCCACCUCUGCCUGCUGUCUCCAGGAGGAGGAUACAGGUGUGCCUGCCCCACCCACUUCUACCUGGCUGCCGACUCUAAGACCUGCCUGUCUAACUGCACUGCCAGUCAGUUUCGCUGCGGGACAGACGAGUGCAUCCCCUUCUGGUGGAGGUGUGACACGGUGGACGACUGUGGCGAUGGAUCUGAUGAGCCUCCAGACUGCCCUGAGUUCCGUUGUCAACCUGGGAGGUUCCAGUGCGGCACAGGACUGUGCGCUCUCCCCCCCUUCAUCUGCGAUGGAGAGAACGACUGCGGGGACAACUCCGAUGAAGCCAACUGUGAGUCAUACAUCUGUCUACCAGGACAGUUCAAAUGCAGGAAACAGAAGAAGUGCAUCCCCCUGAACCUGCGCUGUAAUGGUCAGGAUGACUGCGGGGAUGGAGAGGAUGAAACAGACUGCCCUGACAGCACAUGCUCCUCGGACCAGUUUCAAUGCAAGACCUCCAUGCACUGCAUCUCCAAGCUGUGGGUCUGCGACGAGGAUCCUGACUGCGCUGAUGGCUCGGACGAGGCCAGCUGUGAUGAGAAGACAUGUGGACCUCAUGAAUUCAGGUGUCAAAACAAAUACUGCAUCCCAGACCACUGGCGGUGUGAUGGCCAGAGCGACUGUGGAGACCACUCUGACGAGGACGACUGCAAGCCGGCAACAUGCAAGUCCAAGGACUUUGUGUGCGCUAAUGGAGAAUGCGUCUCUGCUCGCUUCCGCUGCGACGGGGACAAAGACUGUGGUGAUAACUCCGAUGAGAAAGGGUGUGAGACGCACUCCUGUCCAGAAGACCAGUACCAAUGUUUCAAUCUGCUCUGCAUCUCACGCAAGUGGCUCUGUGAUGGACAGGAAGACUGCAAGAUGGGAGAAGAUGAGAAGAACUGCCAGGAGCCUGGAAUCAGCUAUGUGGCCUCCUCAUGUUUGCAAAGUGAGUAUGUCUGCGCCCAUGGAGGCUGUGUUGCAGCUAGCCGGAGAUGCGAUGGCCAGACCGACUGCUCUGACGGAUCAGAUGAGGUGGACUGUGUGAGAGAGUGCACGGAGGAGGAGUUCUUGUGCCAGAACCGAGCCUACUGUAUCCCCGCCCGCUGGCGCUGCGACGGCGUCUCCGACUGCGUGGACCACAGCGACGAGGCCAGCUGUGUGCAGGGACCCCCCUACUGUCGCGCCGAUGAGUUUAUCUGCAACAACACGCUUUGCAAGCUUCACAUCUGGGUGUGCGAUGGAGAGGAUGACUGUGGAGAUAGCUCCGACGAAGACCCCAGCAUGUGCGGCAGAAUGCCGUGUCCACCGACGAGGCCGUUUCGCUGCUGGAACGGCCGAGUGUGCCUGCACCCUGAGCAGGUGUGCAACAAUGUGGACGACUGCGGCGACCAUUCAGACGAGGAGGACUGUGAGGACACCGCUAGGCCUCCCAGACCUUGUGGGAAGACAGAGUUUGCCUGCAGCAACCAUCGAUGUAUCCCAGCUGAGCUGCAGUGUGACCUCUUUGAUGACUGUGGCGACGGGGGCUCAGACGAACAGGAUUGUAAGACUGUUUCCAAGGAACAGGGCUGUAGAGAAAGACUGAAUUUGUGUGGAGAUGAUGCCAUCUGCAACCAAACAAGAGCCGAACCCCUCUGUGAGUGCAAGCCAGGCUUUCAGAGGGACCCAAGGAAUAGGCUCUGUGAAGAAGUGAACGAGUGCCUUCAGUUUGGCACCUGCUCUCAUUACUGCACAAACACAAAAGGCUCAUUCAAGUGCACUUGUGAAAGUAAUUUUAAGGAAAUUGACGGGGAAUGUAUAACUAAAGGACCAGAGGAUCAAGUUCUCUACAUAGCAAACGACACGGAGAUCCGGAGCUUUGUGUAUCCGUUUAAGCAAACCCACGGACAGAGACUGCACGCCCGGAUAGAGGAGGGGGCCCGCAUGGUUGGACUGGAUGCUCUUGUUCACGAGCACAAGUUUGUGUGGGCCACCAACUUAAACCCCGGAGGAAUAUUUUACAAAGAUAUACUGGACAGAAGUCAGGCGAAAGUGAACAGUGGAACCAUAUGUCCUGACUUCAGGAGGCCAAAAGACAUAUCUGCCGACUGGGUGACUGGGAACAUCUACUGGACAGACCACUCCAGAAUGCACUGGUUCAGCUACUAUACAGCUCACUGGAGGAGGCUUCGGUAUUCUAUCAACGUGGGUCAGCUUGGCGGACCAAACUGCACCCGGCUGGUCACAGACAUCGCAGGGGAGCCCAGCUCGAUCUCUGUCAACCCUGUUCAGGGAAUGAUGUAUUGGACCGUGAUUGGUGAACAUUCCCACAUCGAGGAGGCAGCCAUGGACGGCUCCCUGAGGAGAGUCUUAGUGGAGAAAAACCUGAGGAGACCAAGUGGCCUUGCUAUCGAUUACUUCAGCCAGCGUUUGUACUGGGCCGAUACAGAGCUGUCUGUGAUUGGCAGCGUGCGCUUUGAUGGGUCGGACUCAGUUGUAGCAGCUAGCUGGACACACGGUUUUUCUCAUCCUUUGAGAAUCGAUGUGUUCGAGGACUACAUCUAUGGGAUCGGAAUGAGAAACGAGGUUUUCAGGGUUCAUAAGUAUGGCAGGCAGCAAGCAGAGAGGCUCCAUUUGGGGAUUGAAAAAGCUUCCAUUAUUCUGGUCCUUCACCGCUUCAAGCAGCAGGAUGUGCCCAACCCCUGCCUGAGGAUGGGCUGUGACUUCCUGUGUCUGCUCAAGCCCAAUGGUGCCAGCUGCUCCUGUCCUGAGGGGAAGACCCUUGUCAACAAGUCCUGCAUCGACACCAACAGUUCAGGAGAGCUCUGCAGUCCCCAGUGUGAGAAUGGGGGGCAAUGCAUAGCCAACGAGAAGAGGGACUCGCGCUGCUACUGCUGGCCAAAUUUCUCCGGGGAGCGCUGUGAAGUCAACCACUGCAAGGACUACUGUCAGAACGGCGGCACAUGUUCUGGCUCCCCUCUAGGGAGGCCUACGUGUCGCUGUGCGUUGGGCUUCACAGGCUCCGUCUGUGAGAGGAGCGUCUGUGAUGGCUACUGCCUCAACGGUGGCACGUGUGAUGUCAGCCUGGGCAACCAGCCUCUGUGUAGCUGCAUGGCAGAGUACACUGGAGAGCGCUGUCUCUACCAUAUAUGUCAUCAUUAUUGCACGCAUGCGAAGGCGUGCACUCUGUCCAGCAUGGGCCAUGUGGAGUGUGUGUGCUCAGCCAGAUAUGAGGGUGCAAAAUGUGAAGUGGAUAAGUGUCUGCAAUGUCGAGGAUCUCCAUGCGUCAUUGAUCCUGAGACUGAGAAUGUGGCCUGCAACUGUAGCGACGGCAGCGUGGCCUCCAGCUGUCAGCUGUGUGACGGCUACUGCUACAACGGUGGCACCUGUCACCUCGACUCGGAAUCCAGCUUGCCAUUUUGCCAGUGUCCAGGUGACUGGUCAGGCACACAGUGUGAGAAGGCAGCUCCCAAGAUCAAUCGCUCUGGCAACAGCGAUGGCAACAUGGCCAUCAUUGUGCCUCUUGUGGUCCUUGUGAUUCUCAUUGUGAUGAUGGUGACAGGGAUCAUCCUAUGCAAGAGAAAGCAAAGGGGGAAGAGGGUUCAACGACAGCCCGUGAUGAAUGGAGGCCUGAACGUCGAGAUCGGCAACCCCACCUACAACAUGUGCGAGGUGGACCACGACAAUCAUUUGGACGCAGGAACCCACCUCCAGCCUCACUUCACCCUGGACCCACAGAAGGGCUGGUGUGUGAAGUCCAGCAACCUGCAUCGUCUGCCGGUACACACAGUCCCUAAGGAGAUUAACGCACGGCAGGCGGUGAACUACUCAAACCCUGUGUAUACCAAGAUGUACCUGGAUGAGCAGAACUGUCGGAAGCCAGUCAUCAACAUGGAUGAGAGAAGAAAGCUACUCCCAAAGAAAUUGGAAGAAGCCGUCCGCGAAACGGUCGCAUAGCCUGCUUUUUACAUGUUACGCAUAUUUUAUAUGACCGGAAUUUUCUACAUUUAUGUAGUUCAUGUACCUCAGUGUUUGUGCCCUGCAGAGUUUUGACAUUGAAUAUGCUUUGUAUGUUUGUUGUUUGUUUGUUUGUUUUGUCCUUGUAGAUAUUUCAUUAUCAACACUUUUUUUUUUACAGUCCACCAUGAAAGACCUAUAGAUUUUCAUGACACCACUUUUUGAUGGUUUUGUGUAUUGUACAAAUGUUUUCUGCUUCAUUAUUCUUUCCAUUAGUCUUUGGCCAAGGCAAUGAGUAACAUGCCUGAGUUGCCUAUGAAGAGAUUUUGUGGUUGCAAAUGGCUAUCAAUCUGUACAGGAAUCCUCCUCCAAGGGAAGCAGGCAGUAUUGUUCUUAAUGUAGUUUGAAUAUGCCUUGUUUGGGUCUGCUGAUUGUUCCUUUGAUCCAUACACUGUAUUAUUGUAACAUCAGGACGUAUAUACACAAUCUGAGUACUUUUAUUUGUGCCAAUCCAGUUUUCUUCAAUUCAAUAUGCAUUUAUUUCUGUAUCUUGUUUUGGAGUAUUGGGUUUAGUACUCAGUACUAAGUUAAAUCCAAGGAGGGGUUUCAUGAAUUAUCUAAAUAGACAGAAAAGUUGUAUUCAACUGUCUUUUUCAAACUUUCUGUAGAUAGAAAAUGAUUUUGUGCAUUUAGCAGUUCCCUUCAAAUUGAGAAGAAACACUAUGCUCUAACCCAUCACCAGCUACAGUAACUGCAAGCAAUCUUUGAAAUAAACAUAGCUUACUGUAAUUGUUGCAAAUAUAUUUUCUGAAAUAUAAACACUUGCCCUGGUGCCACUCAUUACAGUAAUAUGUACAUUCUCAGAUAAAAUAUGUAAGACAUUUUUUAUAAUUUUAUAUGCUAUUUGAUUUAUAUGUUCAGUACAGCUUGUA